AGAAUACAGGAUAUUACAAGCAUCCCUCUCUCUAAUGCCUCUAAACAUCUGUUUCAAUCCUUAUAACGCUGUACUUCAGAGAUGUGUGAGGUUGCUUUUAGGCUGGGCAUUUUUCUCAUCAUAUUUUUAAGGACUGCAAAUUGUGUACAGUUUGAAAAGUCUCCAAAUUUGAUUGCCAAUCAAAAUGACAAGGCAGAGAUCAACUGCAAGCAUGAUGACAAUAACUUAGUUGUCAUGUUAUGGUAUCGACAACAGAGAACAGGCAUGCCUCUAGAUCUAAUCGGCUAUGGCUACACAGGAUCUCCACCAAACCCUGAGCCUGGAUUCACAGAGCGAUUUACACAAACUAGACAGAACACAAUGACAGGAUCUCUAACCAUCUCAGACCUCACUCUGUCAGACUCGGCUCUUUAUUUUUGUGCUGCUAGUACACGGUGCUGUCAGACAUCAGCUCACGUCGUGCUUCAGUCGACACGUUUCAUGACAGCAGUACCAGGAGCUAAAGUGACUUUAGACUGCAGCAUGGCAGCAGGAGUUAGCAUGAGUAGUUACACUAUGUUUUGGUACAGGCAAGUCCAUUAUGGACAGCCUGUAGAAUUUAUUAUAAAAGAGUAUGAUAAACCAACACAGAACUUUGAAGCCAUUCUAAACACAAAGGACAACUUGUUCAGCCUGAUUGUCUCAAACCUCACUGUGCAGAAGGACAGUGGCACAUAUUACUGUGCUGCAAGGCACAAUAAAUCCAAUGGAGAAAUUCGUCAAUCCCCAGUCAUCUUUGCCAAAAGCAGUUCUACUGUGACAUUAACAUGUGAACAUGAUAAUCUCGAUCACUACAGAUUGUUCUGGUACAAGCAAGCAAAGGUGGAUCUUAGUAUCAGUGUGAACACUGGCACUCCUGCAUACUUUGGCAAAGGCACUAAACUUACAGUCCUAGAUCCCAAGAUUAAAGUCAGUGAAGAACAGGACUUAAAUGUCACAAUUAUAAAACCCUCUGAAAAGGAGAGCUGUAAGAAGACAGUCACUCUUGUGUGUGUGGCCAAAGACUUCUACCCAGACCAUGUGAGCAUAACAUGGAUGGUUGGAGGCAAACCAAGAACCGAAGGUGUGGCGACAGACCCUAAUGCCUUCCGAGAGCAAGAAACAGAACAUUUCACCAUAUCCAGCAGACUUAAAGUCCCUAGAAAAGAAUGGAACAACGAAAAAACCGAAUUCAAAUGUACAUUGAAGUUCUAUGAUGGAAAAGACUAUUUAUACAAAGAAAAUAAGGUCAAUGGAAUUGCAGGGAGUGGCUAUACCCGAGAGGACUAUGUCAAAUCAUCACAGAUGAUAAAGUUGUCAUACGGCGUGUUCAUUGCUAAGAGUGCACUGUAUGGCCUGGUCAUCUUUGUGUAUGUAUGGCGAAAGGGUUCAGGAAAGUGAAUGAACUGAACAUGUCUGGAUUGAUGAAGUUACCAAGAAGACUCUCUCCAUUUACUUUAUCCAGGAGAAGAGAUGCUGCAUGACUGAAGAUUCUCUCUAGUUUUUAUUUCUCUCUUUUAUUGCGCUCUUAUGAAUAUUUAUCCCAAUGAAAGUGAUGCUUCAGAUCAGAUUAAUCAUAAAAUCUAGUUUUGCUACCCUGCUUUGAUAUUUUUUUCUUUUCUUGUUUCCUUGCUAUUUAGUAAGAAUUAAUAAUGAAAAGUAUACUACUAUAAAUAGACUUAACAGAAGUUAAUAUAAUUCAUUAUUUUACACAUUGAGAUUUACUGUUUUUUGUUUCUAUUUUAUUUUGUAUUAUAAAUAACACAAAUAAAAUACAUGACGCAUGGA